UGAACAAGUGCGGAAGUUGCCGAGUGUUUCCGGAGAGAGGCGAGGUUGUGCCUGUGCCGGAGCCGGCGCUCGCAGAUUUGCCGGGUGCUGCGAUAAUGUCCCUACUGUGUUACAACAAAAGCUGCGGGCAGCGCUUCGACCCCGAUACGAACAGUGAUGAUGCUUGUACUUACCAUCCUGGUGUACCUGUUUUUCAUGAUGCAUUGAAGGGGUGGUCUUGCUGUAAGCGACGAACCACGGAUUUUUCAGAUUUCUUGAGUAUUGUGGGUUGCACCAAAGGACGGCACAACAAUGUAAAGCCCCCAGAGCCAGUGAAGCCUGAAGUGAAGACCUGUUCAGAAUCAGUGCCAACACCCAAAAUUAAUGAGAAUGUUGUUCAGAACAGAAAACCAGUUGAAGCAAUUAUAAGACCAAGUCCAGAUGCCCCAAUGGUAAAAUUGGAACAAAAGGUUUCUCUAACUUUGAAGAAAGCACUGGAAAAACUAGCAUUAACUGCUAACAAUGGAUCAGAAAAUAAAGGACCAGAUACUAAAGAAAUAAAGAUUGGAACCACAUGUAAAAAUGCAGGUUGUAAUAAGACUUUUCAAGAUGUAAGCAGCAAUGAAGAGAUAUGUGUCCAUCACUCUGGAGGACCCAUUUUCCAUGAAGGAAUGAAAUACUGGAGCUGCUGUAAGAGAAAAACUUCAGAUUUCAAUUCUUUCCUGGCCCAGGCAGGGUGUACUCAAAGCAAACAUGUGUGGAUCAAAGCAGAAACUGGUAAUAAAAUUGUAGCUUGUCGACAUGAUUGGCACCAGACUGGAGGACAAGUCACAAUUACAAUUUAUUCCAAAAACGCUAUCCCAGAACAAAGUUAUGUUGAAGCUAACAGCACAGUGGUUCAGGAUCUGAUCUCGUUCGAGAUCUCUGAAAAUCCAAAUGGAAAAUAGUUUCUGGUGAACGCAGCAGGCCAGGCAGCAUCUCUAGGAAGAGGUACAGUCGACAUUCGGGCCGGGACCCUUCGUCAGGACAGCACGGUGACAGCGUUCACCAACAACUUUGAUGUGUGUUGCUUGAAUUUCUAGCAUCUGCAGAUUUCCUUGUGUUUGGGAAAAUAGUUGGUCAUAUUUUUUUUUAACCUAGUCUUUUUUUUUGGGUGGGGGGAGGGGGGUUCUCUGACUUGUUUCUCUACAGCCAGAAAUGUAGUGAAACAAGGAAGUCAAACUAGCAUUCUGUUUUAAUCUCAUUAUGGAUCAUGGCAAACUGACAUUGAACGGGCAAAGAUAGUCAUUGAGCUUAAUUGAUAUGAUACUUAAGAGUAUUCUUUUUAAAUCCCAAAGAAAGAUUUGUAAAGAAAUUGCAAUGUAUAUUGAUCAAUCCUUUUUUUUGUCAAUAAUGGUAUUUUAAAACCUUUUCAGGUUCAUAUUAGCGUAGGAUGAUUUUGCAAAGUAAUUGGCUGUUUAGACAGUUAUCCCUGUGACAUCCUGUGUGCCUUAUUUCCCAGCUUUAUAGUUUAAACUUCCCUUCAACUGCUUAUCACUUUAGAAGGUUAACCAAUCUGCAUUUGCCACUUUGGUCAUUGCAUUCUGGAUCAUAACAUGUGUAUAAAACAAAGGGGUGGGGGGAGUACUUGUUUUGCCAGUUGCCAAUUAUAAAUGUUUCAUUAGGACCUGACCCUUUAGUCACUGAACAGUUUCUCUUUCAGGUGUGGGUCAAGCAAGAAGAUUUAAGGUAGACAAUAAGCAUGUGAAUGUUUAUGUGGGGCAAGAAACAGUUGGCCUGAUGACUUGGAUUUAAAAUUGAAUCGAGCACACAACAAAAGUGGUUUCAAUGAAUCAAUAAAUUUGAUAUACUCCUGUCUAUCUUUCUAUUGAAACUAGUGAAUGGAUAAAAUUGGAAGACAAAUUAAAGUGGUUUUCUAAAUAAGAAAUUUAAUGCACUUGUCUGAAGUAGUUUUCCCAUCUGUUGGGUUACAUCAUUUAAAAUUACUGCAGUGACAGUAAUUGGUAUUUUUGUAAAGCAUUGUGUGCUUGCACGGUUUAAUGGAUCUUUGUAUUGCUUUUCACAAAUACCACGAAGUAAAUGUGACCAACCUUGCUAUUCAAAGCAGUGGAAUUGAUUUGGGACUUGACCUUUUGCUAUUGACAAGUGCAUCCUCAUCUAGAUGUAUUUGUUCAGUUUACAUAGCUACUUCCUUACUAAACAUGGUUCCUAUUCCAAUUGGGAAUAUUUUAUUAAUUGCAGUUGGAACACCAUGACAAAAUGUUGCUAAGGAUGUGCCCCUGCUAAUCAAUAAAUUGUUGUUACUACUUGGGCCAUAAGACAUAGGAACAGAAUUAGGAAUUUGGCCCGUUAAACCUGUCCUGCCAUUCCAUUAUUUAUCUGCCUUUUCUCUGUAACCUUUCAUGCCCUGAUUGAUCAAGAACCUUAAAUAUACCCAGUGAACUGGCUUGCACAGCUGUCUCUGGCACUAAAUUCCACAGAUUAACCACCCUCUGGUUAAAGAUUUUUCCUCACCUCUGUUCUAAAUGGACGUCCCUCAAUUCUGAAUUUUUUUUUUGCCUUCAGGACCUAAAUUCUUCCAGUAUAGGAAAUAUCCUUUCCAAAUCCACUCUAUUCAGGUCUUUCAACAUUUGAUAGGUUUCAGUGAGUUCCCCCCUCAUUCUUCUCAACUCCAGUGAGUACAGGCCUAGAGCUAUCAUACAUCAUACAUUAAGCUCCUCAUACAUUAACCCUUUCAUUCCUGGGAUCAUUCUUGUGAACCUCUCCAAUGACAACAUAUCUCUGCUUGGCUAAGGGACAUAAAACUGCACUCAAUAUUCCAAGUAUAGUCUGACCAGAGUGUUAUAAAGCUUCAGAAUUACAUCCACGCUUUUGUAUUCUACUCUUGAAAUAGAUGCUAACAUUGCAUUUGCCUUCCUUACCACCAACUUGACCUGUAAGUUAACCUUUUGGAGAACUCUUCAUGAGGACUCCCUUUGAACCUCUGAUUUCUGAAUUUUCUCCCCAUUUACAAAAUAGUCCAUACUUUUAUUCCUUUUGCGAAAGUGUAUGACCGUGCAUAUCUUAUACUAUUUUCCAUCUGCCACUUCUUUGUCCAUUCCCUCAAUCUAAGUCCUUCUGCAGAUAUCCUGCUUCUUUAACACCACUGCCCCUCCACCAUCUUUGUAUCAUUUCAUAAAGUUGGCCACAAAACCAUCAAUUUCACCAUCCAAAUCAUUGAUAUUAUAUAAGGUGAAAAAAAAAGUCCAAUCACCGACCAGUAGUCAUCGGCAGCCAACCAGAAAAAGCCCCCUUUAUUAUCACUCUUUUCCUCCUGCCAGUCAGCCAAUCUUCUGUCCAUGGUUGAACCUUUCCUGUAAUACCAUGGGCUCUUGUUAGCAGUCUAAUGUGCAGCAACUUGUCAAAGGCCUUCUGAAAGUCUAAAUAAACAACAUCCACUGAUACUCCUUCGUCUUUCCUACAUUCUAUUUUCUUAAAGAAUUCCAACAGAUUUGUCAGGCAAGAUUUCCUCUUGAGAAAACCAUGCUAACUUUGGCCUGUUUUAUCGUGUGCCUCCAAGUACCCCAACACUUCAUCCUUAAUAAUGGACUCAACCACUGAAGCCAGGCAAACUGGCCUAUAUUUUCCUUUCUUCUGCCUCCCUCCCUUUUUAAAGAAUGGUGUGACAUUUUCAAUUUGCCAGCCCUCUGGAACCAUUCCAGAAUCUAGUGAUUCUUGAAAGGUCUUUACUAAUGCCUCCACAAUCUCUUCAGCUACCUCAUUCAGAAACUAGAUGACCUACAAGCUCUACAAUUUCCAAUCUCCUUAGUAAUAGUAACAGCACUCACUUCUGCCCUGACACUCUAGCAUUUCUAGCACUCUGAUAGUGUCUUCCAUAGUGAAGACUGAUGCAAAAUAUUUAUUAAGUUCAUCCAUCACUUCUUUGUGUCCCAUUACAACCUUUCCAGCGGUUUCAAUUUACAUUUAUUAUUAAAGUAUAGAACACAGAAUAGUACAGCACAGUACAGGCCCCUCGGCCCACAGUGUGGUGCCGAUCCUCAAAACCUGCCUCCCAUAUAACCUCCUGCCUUAAUUCCUCCAUAUACCUGUCUAGUAGUCUCUUAAAUUUCACUAGUGUAUCUGCCUCCACCACUGACUCAGGCAGGAUAUUCCACACACCAACCACUCUCUGAGUAAAAAACCUUCCUCUAAUAUCCCCCCUUGAACUUCCCACCCCUUACCUUAAAGCCAUGUCGUCUUGUAUUGAGCAGUGGUGCCCUGGAGAAGAGGCGCUAGCUAUCCACUCUAUCUAUUCCUCUUAAUAUCUUGUAUACCUCUAUCAUGUCUCCUCUCAUUCUCCUUCUCUCCAAAGAGUAAAGUCCUAGCUCCCUUAAACUCUGAUCAUAAUCCAUAACCUGUAAGCCAGGCAGCAUCCUGGUAAAUCUCCUCUGUACCCUUUCCAAUGCUUUCAUAUCCUUCCUAUAGUGAGGUGACCAGAACUGGACACAGUACUCCAAGUGUGGCCUAACCAGAGUUUUAUAGAGCUGCAUCAUUACUUUGCGACUCCUAAACUCUAUCCCUCGACUUAUGGAAGCUAACACCCCAUAAGCUUUCUUAACUACCCUAUCUACCUGUGAGGCAACUUUCAGGGAUCUGUGGACAUGUACCCCCAGAUCCUUCUGCUCCUCCACACUACCAAGUAUCCUGCCAUUUACUUUGAACUCUGCCUUGGAGUUUGUCCUUCCAAAGUGUACCACCUCACACUUCUCCGGGUUGAACUCCACCUGCCACUUUUCAGCCCACUUCUGCAACCUAUCAAUGUCCCUCUCUAAUCUUCGACAAUCCUCUACACUGUCUACAACACCACCAACCUUUGUGUUGUCUACAAACUUGCCAACCCACCCUUCUACCCCCACAUCCAGGUCGUUAAUAAAAAUCACGAAAAGUAGAGG